UCUUGACUCUGAAACUGAGUGACAUGGGGAACUAUGGGUGCUUCCUUGACUGCACUGAGAGAAUUUCACUGCCUCUACACGCGGAGGCUCGCGUUAACCUCAUCAGAAAAAGACCCUUGAGCUCCCUUGCAGCUCAUGUUCUAGGAUCUGUGAUUGUGGUGGAGUCUCUCGUGGUAUUCUCUCUCGCUACUUUACUUCUGUUCAUCACUUGCAAAUGUGCAUUUCUUCUUGUACACGAGAGAAUAAGUGAACAUUAUGCUCACAAGAAUUCACAGAAACCAACAGACAAUGCCGAAUUGUUAAACAACAAUGUUUCAACAAGAACAAUCACUGGUUGUCUCCCUGAGAGUAUCUGGAAUCGUCAUCCAUCUCAGAGACACAUCGACGAAACAUCCAUCAAGCAGAAUAAACAGUCAUCGCCAGAGAUUAACAUUUUUCCGUUCGAGCUAGAGAAGGAUACAAGUUGAUGAAUCUUAGCCAUCAGGAUUAUAUGCAAUCAAGCAAUCUCUGGAAGAAUCUCAUGAAAGGGCAAAAGAGAUGCAUUAACAAGAAGCCAGAGCUGGUUAGGCACAGAUUCUUGUGUUGUAAAUGCUCAUUGUUUCUAUGAUUACCUUUUUGGUUAGCAUAAUUUAAUACAGAGAAGAUAAGCUAUAAGUUGAUUAAAAAUAUUUCCUUUUU